GUUACUGUGUCUGUUGCAUGCGACGGCUAAAUUGUACUGUACAGAAGAGGUCAAGUGUAUAUUAGGACUCUGCUCAACGUAAGCUGGGCUAGAAAUAGUUCCCAAGGCGCGAUUCUCUCAACGCAGCGCGACUUCUCACCGCAGUGUUUCUGCUAUCAAAUACACCUUUAAGGCUUCCCAGGUGGAGUUACACGGCCGGCGUAGACAGGAAGGAGGGAGACAAUAGGUCAGGUCAAGACGUGAGGCAUGGAGCCCUCUCCGAGCGAGGGGCCACCACCAGGACCUCCUCCUGGAAUGCUUGGAGCAACGACUCCAGCGGCCGGCCAGCAGGCCAGUGCUGGCGGUCCACUACCAGGCUCAACGACAAUGCCGGGGCCGGGUCAGCCCGGUCAGCUCGGCCAACCCGCUGCUCCUGGUCAACAAGCACCACCUGCGUUUGCGGUACCUGGAGUACCAGCUCCCGGGCUUGUCUAUGGUGCACCUCGUCCAGGCAUGCCUGCAGUGCAGCCCAAUCCGCUCGCAGCGAACCCAGCUGCGUUACAGCAACAAACAGCAGCAGCCGCUGCAAUUUAUAGCACGUUAUUGCGGCCGCCCGGCACGGCAGGAACCGCUCCUGCGUUGACUCCUGCGCAGCUCGCGCAAUCGCUUCCGCCAAACGUGCUAGCGGCCAUGCAAGGGCUACAGGCUGCUCAGGCGCAGCUCCAAGCAACAGCACAAGCAAACGCCGCGGCGCAAGCGGCGCAUGCGCAGGCCCAGGCCCAGCUCCAAGCUGCCGAGGCCGCGAAGGCCGCUCAGCAAGGAGCUUCCACGAACAGCCGGGCAGCCUCGCCCGAAGGCAACCCCAACCAGCCCGCGGCACAGGCGCCACCGCCGGGCGUUGUCCCGGGCGCGAUGCCCGCGCUCCCGCGGCCGCCCAUGCCCGGGGCCGUGCCGCCCGCUCCAGCCCCGCCCAGCACCGUGCCGCCCAGCCCAGCAGCAGCCAUGCAGGCGCUCGUGUCGGCACAGGCCGCGUUGCAGGCCGCACAGGCGCAGAUGGCGGCCGCGGCCGCCGCCGCAGCCGCCGUCACCGCUGCGGGCCAAGCGCAGGCCGGCGCCGCGGCGCCAGGCGGCGUGCCGCCCGGCCAAGUGCCGACGCCGGCGCAGCUGCAGGCCCAGGCACAGGCCAACUUCCAAGCGCAGAUGGCGGCAGCGCAGCAGUUACGGAACGCGGCAGCGGCAGCCGCCGCGCGGCCGCCCUUCCCCGGCGCACCCAUGCCGGGUCAGCCGGCGCCUGGCGCCCCAGCGGCAGCGCCGGCACCGCUCGGGACGCCGCCGUCUGCGCCGCCGGGGUCCGCGCCAGCGGCGGGGCUGCCACAGCCGGCCGGCAGCCUGCCGCCGCCUGGCCAGCCUGGUGGCAUCCGGCCCCCGGCGGUGUCGCCUGCUGCUGCGAGCCAGGCGGUAGCAGCGGCGGCUGCAGCGGCGGCUGCGGCCGCCGCCGCGGUUGCAGGCGUGCGGCCUCCGGCACCCGGCGGCCCACUGGCGCCGCCUCCCGCACCUUCACCCUCACCCGCGCCGGCGCCAGCACAGGCCCCGGUCCCCAUGCAGCACCACCAGCAGCACCAGCAGCCCGGCCCCGGCGCCGUCAGCCAAUCACCCGCGUCUCCUCCCGCACCGGCGGCGCCGACGUUACCCAACCCCAGCACCUCACCGCCGGCGCCGCCGGCGCCCUCGCCGCCGCCUCCCCCUGCCGGGCUGCGGCCAACGGAGCAGUCGCCACCUCCCGGCGCCAUCCCGCCCGGCGGCGGCCUUAUCUCCUCGCUUCCGCCGCCGCCGCUGCCGCCGCCCGGCAUGGCGCUGCCGCCGGGCAGCGACGGCGCGCCGCCGCCGCCCGACCUGUCCGGCAUGCCGCCCGGCCUGACGCUGCCGCUGCUGGGCCCCGACGGUCAGCCUAUCGACCCGGAUGCGCCGCUGACGGAGCAGCAGCAGCUGCAGCUGAGCGAGGCGAUGCAGGCUCAGAUGGAGCAGCAGAUGCAGAUGAUGGCGGCGCAGCAGGAGAUGAUGGCGCAGGCGGGGAUGCAGUUCCCGCCGGGGAUGCAGUUCCCGCCCUUCCCGCCGGGGAUGCCCUUCCCGCCCUUCCCGCCGGGCAUGCAGCUGCCGCCCGGGAUGCAAAUGGGCAUGCCGCCGCUGCCCAUGCCGCCCAUGCAGCCGCCCAUGCAGAUGAUGCAGGAGGAGGAGCUGGAGCCGGAAUCGUCCGACUCCGACAACGAUAUGACAUCGCCGAGGAAACGGCGCGAAAAGAAGAAGGCGCCGCGUGGCGGGGGCGGCGGUGGUGGCGGUGGCGGCGGCGGCGACGACGUGGUCUCCAAGGGCAAGAACAAGACCUACCGCGGCGUGCGGCAGCGGCCGUGGGGCAAGUGGGCGGCUGAGAUCCGCGACCCCACCGUGGGCGCCCGCAGGUGGCUGGGUACAUUCGACACGGCUGAGGAGGCGGCUCGCGCCUACGACGCCGCCGCCCGCGCCAUCCGCGGGCCGGCCGCGCGCUGCAACUUCCCGCUCUCCUCCUCCCACGACGACCACUACCACCACCACGUGCAGCAGCAACAGCAGCAACAGCAGCAGCAGCAGCUGGAGGCGCAGGCGAUGGCGGCGGCGGCAGGCGGGCACAUGGGCGGGCCCAACGGCAUGGGCGGGCCGCCCAUGGGUCUCAUGCACGGCGGACCCAUGGGGUCGGUGCCGGAGGAUGAGCCGCUGCCCGGCGGCCCCGGCGGCAUGCCGCCCCCCAUGAUGGAGCAGCCCAAGGUGAAACUGCCGGCGGCGGCGGGUCUGAAGCUCCGCGGCCUCAAGCAGAAGGUCGGCCCCAAGAAGGGCGGCAUGGACGAGCCGCUCAUCCAGUCCUCCAUGCCGGGCGGCCUUGGCGCCGCUGACAUUCACGGCGCCAUGUCGGUCAGUGACGCCAUGGCGGCGGCGGCGGCGGCGGGCGGCGCCGCCGGCGGAGCCAUGCCGGGCCUGAACGGCAGCCCAGGGAACCCGUUCCAGAUGCGCAUCAAGACCGGCCUCACGCCCAACUUCAGCGGCUGGCACGGCCCGCUGCCGCCUGGCGUGGCUGGCUCUCUGGGCGGCAGCGCGGCCAUGAUGGCGACGUCGCUGGGCAACUCCAGCGGCGGCCUGCUCGCCAACUUCCCGCCGCUGCCCGAGUGGCCGCCGGCGGGCUCCAUGGGAUCGGCAGCCAGCAUGAUGAUGCUGGGCAUGAGCCCGGGCGCAGGCAUGGAGGCGUACGGCACCUCGUACGGCAACCAGUACGGCAAGAGCGUGGACAUGAUGGACAUGUGCGCGCAGCUGCUGGAGGCGGGAGGUGAGGUGCCGCCGUCGCUGCACGAUGCCGAUGGCUCGGAUGUCGCGAAGGCGGGCGGUGCCGGCAGUGCGGGCGCGCGCCUGCACCUGCAUUCCAUGUGGCGGGAGUGGCAGGCCGGAAGCCUAGGGAGUGGCGCGAACGUGGUGGACCCGCUGGCGACGCUGGGCUCGCUCCGCAACGAGCUGGUCAUUCCCCCCGACUUCAAGAGCGAGGGCCCCAAUGCCGGGGCCGGCGACGGCGACCUAGACGGCGUCCACGAAAUGGAUGAAAUGAUGAUCCUCGGCACCACCCCCGACUUCGGCCGACCCAGCAACGACUUCUUCAAGAACCUGCCAAACAGCUUCGGCACCGGCGCCAGCAGCAUAGGCAAGGGCGCAGCAGCAGGCAAGGCCGUCGCGGCGGCGGCGGCAGCCGCUGCUGCGGCCGCCGGCGCCGGAGGCGCCGGCGGAGCCGGCACCGGCGCGUCCAGCGGCACGUUGACGCUUGCGCCGCCAGGCAGUGUCGCGGCGGCGGCGGGCGCGGGCGCGGCGCCGCUGCCGUUUGGCUCUCGCGGCAACAGCCCGCCCAGCGACGUGCCGGACCCGGGCGGCGCGGGCGGGUCGCCGCUGACACACAUGCUGCUGCACGGGCGGCACGGGCUGGCGGCGGACCCGGCGCUGCUGGGCAUGGGGCAGCUGUCCAGCGACGGCGCGGCGCUGGGCGUGGGCGGCAACGACGAAGACGACUAUCUCAUGGGCAUGAGCCCCGACCUGCCCACCGGCAGCGGCAAGGGCAAGCAGCCGCCCGGCAUUCGCGAGCCCGGCUUCGAGUCCUUCAUGAAGGCGCACGCCGCGCAGGCGGCGGCCGGCGCCGCCACGCCCAAGGGCGCCGUCGCGGCGGCGGCGGGCGGCGGCGGCAGCUCCGGCGCGCCUAGCUUGGAGCUGCCUGUAGCGGCGGCGGCGGGCGGAAGCCCCAACCGCGACACGGCGGGCACGGGCGACCUGCUGUCGCCGACCAUAUCGUUCGCGGCUGGCGUGGGAGGAUUGGAUCUGCCGCCCCCGGACCAGAUCUGAGUGCGUCGGCGGACGGCGCCAGGCGCGGCGCGGCGCGAUGGUAUGCGGGAGGGCCGCGUGGCCGGCAGGAGGCCACACACACACACGCCUGGAAGGCGGCUGGCGCCGCCGGCAGCAACUGGACCAGCAUAUACGACCCAGGAGUGCGCAGGCAGCAGCAACUGCAACGACAAGAGCACUGCAUCUCAACAACGUUGGAUUGGUGCCGUGGCCUUUUUCGGCACCAGCAUUGCAACGGGCGCUGCCACAGAAAGCUGUGUGCACUGUAUUCAUGAGCUUGCUCGUUUGUGGGGCCUCAGGGCGCGGCGUCGCGCCUUGUGUGUCCUCGAACAGAGGAGCGAGCGGUGGUGAGCGCCCGAUUGCAUUUGUGAGUACACGUGCGGGUUGUGACGCGAGAACCCGGCUGGCCUGUGCCAUGAGGGAGUGCCCUGUGUGCUGGCUGGCUCUCAUUGGGCGUGGCAGCAGCAGAAGCAGCAUCACACCGUUUUAAGUACGGCAUAAAUGGAGCAGUGCGGGUAGGGGAUGACCUGCUCUACCGUGUCGCCUGCGGGGCUCCUGGCGCGGGCCGGCGCCGGCGCAUGCUUUUCGUGUGCGCGGCGUGGGGCAAGGCCGCAUAGGGCGUGUUGGACGGAGCCUUCGAUGCAACAAGGGGCGGGGGGCGGGUGAAGGAAGGGCCCAGCACUUUCGUGGGCCGCCGUGUCGCGGCUGGUGCUGUUGGAGGCCGCUAGUUGUGCAGGUGUGUGUGUAUGUGUGUGCGUGGCAGCUCCUGGCCUGCACGGGCCGUGUCAGGACAAAUGCCGCCUGGAGUGCAGAGCUUGGGGCUGUCAGGCGGAUUAAUAUUGUGUUCAUGAAUUGCUGUGGGGCGGCAGCGGCCCGGAAGCGACCUAGCAAGUCCGCUGGGGAUGGGACUGCGCUGGGGUGGCUGCGAACGCCCACACGUCGUGUGUGUCCGUGUGCACGUGCAUAGCUACACGAUGCAAAGACUCGGAAUCCCCUGCUGUUACGUGUCCGGCGUUUACACACGCAAGAUCUAACGAGGACAGGGUUGUGCGGGGUGGGGAUGGGAUGAGCAUAGCGCCAGAGCUACGGUACAAUAGCUGCAUCGGCUGCUUUGCCUUGAAAUUAAAGGCCGUUCUUACGCUGCGGUCGGUGCCGAUCUGGCACGAGCUACCGCCGCAGUGUUUGUUAGGUGGGGGUUUCUUUGCGGGGGAGGAAGAAAGCAGGAGCCCAUUGCAAGGGGCCGCUCGCAGCACAUGACUGCGACGGCGUGAAUGCAAUUACUGCCGCGGAUUAGAUGACACCGGUUGCUGUCGACCCCAGCGCGGCGUGCUGCAAAUGGCGCAAGUACGCUGUGCGCUGUGCGACGACGGCGAGGAAGAGCGCGUUGACCAUGCAUGCUAAGGAAUGCGCAAGAGAGAAAGAUUAUUGAGAGAGCGAGGCUGGUGUUGUCAGUCGUCUUAAGGGGACAGGGCCAGUAGGGGUAAGCUUACACAUGCGAGCCACUCGUGUGCAUACGACGGAGGCGGCGGAGCGGGUGACUCAGUGGGCCCACACGCGGACAAGAAACCGACGUACUUGCGGGCAGGGGAGGCUGGCGGGUCGCGGGUUCUUUUGAAGCAGGCGGCAAGGGCGCGCACUUUGUGCCGUGGCUGUGUGUCAAGCGCGGAAUGGUGGCCGUGACCGAGCGAUGCCGCGGCCUGGUUGCUGCAGGCCGGGCCGGGCCGGGCUUGGGACAAAGUAAGAGACGGCCGCACUUUAAAGGACCGCCAGAAACGCAUGUGGAUGGGUGGCCGGUAUCGCUACAGCUGAGCCCGUGCAUGCCAUAGAGCUGGGGCAUUGAGGAAGCGCGUCUUGGUGUGCCCACGUCGCGACACAGCAGGCCCGCCGAUGUAGGCGCGGCAACAAUUACCUACGCCAUAGGAUUGGACCGUACGAUCGGUCGUGGGGGUUUGCCGACGUAGAAUGCUGGGCCCCCAGGCUAGCAGUGCAUUUACCGCACGGAUUGAGUGUGUGUUAUUGUGUCUUGUCUGUUUGGAAGCCUUCCAACCGCUGGCUGGACCUGUACACCCUUUUGCUUGUGGGUGUUUGCACGCGCAACGCGCGGCAGCCGUUUAGCCUGGCGCCGAGCGGGGCCUUGCUGUGGAUGGGUGCUUUUAGCUGACGCGGCGAGGAAGGCUUGAUCUACUGGUUUUAGGACAUGGCCAUUGUACACGAUGAGAGAGGACACCGAACUGCAGAUUAUAAGCCAUGCAUUUUGGGGGUGGGCACGCGCCGAGCGACUAAGUAGCAGGGGAGUCCGCACUCCUCGGCGCCUUCUCCAGUCGCAGACGCACCUGAUGUGUUGGCUGGGGUAGUUGCACGUUUGCGGGGACUUGGCGGGGGCUCUGGCAUUGGCAGGACUUGCACAGUCGGACUGAGGCUAUGGGGUCGAAGGGGCACCGCAGGCGCUUGGCCGGCGGCGGUUAGUGACACGUGCCGUAAACGGACGGUACGGAACAUUGAAGGCUGCACGGUUGGUUUGUUGCAGCGACGUGACCUAACAACAGGGCAAGGAUGCAUAUGCUACCGCGCGCAUGGCCGCGUAUUGAGUUAGGUUAGCUUGCACACACAACACUGCAUUGCAAGUGGGUGGUGAAGGCGGAAGGAGGAAAGGCAUGGCGCCGCAUGUGUGUUUCUCACACGCUGGCUGCCAAUUGAAUGGAGCGGACGGCGAGGCGCGGAAAAGCAGCUCAGGACAAAAUGGAGAGCUUGUAUCGACCUCACUGGAC